CAAAGCACAACGCAUGCAUCGAGCUCUACUUAUUUCCGAAGUCCUCUCGGCGAUAUUCGCGCAUGUGAAUGAAAAUAUAGGCUCACAAAAUGUUGGCAAGAAAUCAUCCCUUGAAGCGCUUGCCAGGACAUGCAAAGCCUUUCACGAGCCCGCAAUGGAUCUGCUUUGGGCUGAUUUGGAUGGCAUAACACCACUGCUAGGCUGUGUACCGAGGCUACAUCAAUUGAUAUAUCAGACUGGGUCGAAGCUGCUUUCCUUGGAUUGGUCUAAAGGCGUGGACCCAUUAUCUGAGCAAGAAACCCAUCAAUUUCUGCAUCACACCGCCCGUGUGCGCUCAUUACGUAUAUCAUGCAGCGCGGAUCUUCACCUUUUCGCAAUCCUCCCCAUUGAGACAUGCAUGUUCCCGAGACUGCUGUCACUGGCCUUUAUAGUCCAACGUCUUCGACAUAAAUACUUGUAUCUCUUUCUGUCCCCUACGCUGAGCCGUUGUGUCCUAUCUGUCAUUAAUCCGGAUUUUAAAUCUCUUGCAACCCGUUGUGUCGCUUUGGAGCACUUAUCUCUCCAGAUGCCUGAAUGGGAACGGCAGUCAGCAGAUAAUCGGACCCUUCUAUCUGACAGUGUCCGUUUGUGCAAGCGGCUUGUAACUCUGUCCUGUCCACCUCUCGACUGGGCAGCAUGGAAGCACCUCUCCGACCUCCCUAGCCUUCUUAAAGUGUCAGUCUAUGAACCGCGCAAUGCCUCUCGUUGGUCAUUGGACCGAGAUAUUGUCAAUUUCGCACAUUUCCUCAAUGUCACGAAUCUUUCUUUCGAUGUAAACACGGCUGCGUACGCUAUCACAGUCAUGCAACACUCGGAAUUCCCCUCGCUCAGAGAGUUUGAGAUGGUUGCCGAUGUUUUGCCUUGCGCAGAGGCUGAGCAGCUCUUUCGUGCGCUAUCCAAGUGCAAAGCAAAUCAAACUCUUGAACAUAUUAGCAUAUCCGCCCGUCUUUCAAAGGUCCAGGAGCACUCGUUUGACUCUUCAGCAGCGGUUACACAACUUCUCUGUUUCACCCGUCUCCGGACUGUGCGGCUUUAUCUACAUCAUUGCAUCCACAUUGACAACAACCUUCUUUUGGAAGUCAUGUCAAGUUGGCCACACAUCCGCUCGCUGGAAUUAGUGGACUCGCAGAUGCCACCUACAGUCACAUUCCGCGGACUAUUCGCAGCUCUCCGUCUAUGUCCCCACCUGCAUACGCUGCACAUAUUAAUGGACACCGUGAAUAUCGAUAUCGAUCCUGCAGCUGAGUCAUUUCAGCAUACCACCCUACAAAAAUUGGACUUGUGCCAGUCUGAUAUAAAGGAUGCGGAAACUGUCGCUCGCAUCAUUUAUUCUGUCCUCCCUUGCAUCGACCGAAUUCCAACCCAACGAGUUUGUUGGGCCGCCCCCGUAGCCUUCUACAAGGAAUGGGCCGAGGUCAACAAGCAUCUUGGAUAUCUCAAAUUUUCUACAUUUGGCGGCGAUAUCAUAGGAACAGAUGCGGAGUCCUGA